UUCUGGAGUCUGUGUGUCGAACAUACCUUGCCGUGCGUGGAGGUGGGAUGGAGGGAGGGUUCGCGGACGUCGAGUCACUGUAGAGUCAGUCUGCGGCCCCUGUGGAUUGCGCGAGCGUGGGAAUGGUGGUGGUGCGUGGGUGUGUCCACUUUUGCGUGGGCGUACGAAGGCAGCGACGGGAAUGAGGAUGUUAUCGGGUUCCGGGAAACCAAAGUCCGCGUCCUGGCUCGAGAGAGAGAGAGCUCGGCAUAGCGACGGAGGCGAUCAAGGGAGACCGGUCCAAGGUGAACGGAACGCCAUAAUCAGUCAGAAUUCGCCGCAGACGACGCCGUUAUGCGAUGCGAUGCGAUGCCGCUCAGUUACUGCACAGCACCCAGACGACCUAAAUUUACUGGACGCAUCGGCAGCACACACAUUACGGCGCCGGCCACUCGCUGUAACUACCCCAACUGUGCAUAGCGGCUGGGGGGCCAGGGCACACCACGAACAUGCUGCGCAGCUGACUGACAGCACACGGGCAGCAUCACCCGCAGCAACAAAAGAGCCCGGGGCCCCCAGGCACGUCGAGGCCGCGGCCGGUGCACGGCUGCAAACAUGAUGGCAACACGGGUCAGUGUCAUUUGCAUUUGGUGCUUCAUGACCGGGGAAUUUGAUGAAUUGAAU